AUGACCGCUCCCUGGCGGCGCCUCCGGAGUCUGGUUUGGGAAUACUGGGCCGGGCUCCUCGUGUGCGCCUUCUGGAUCCCGGACUCGCGCGGGAUGCCCCACGUCAUCCGGAUCGGGGGAAUCUUCGAGUAUGCCGACGGCCCCAACGCCCAGGUCAUGAACGCCGAGGAGCACGCCUUUCGGUUUUCUGCCAACAUCAUCAACAGGAACAGGACUCUGCUGCCCAACACGACCUUGACCUAUGACAUCCAGAGGAUCCACUUCCAUGACAGCUUCGAGGCCACCAAGAAGGCCUGUGACCAGCUGGCGCUGGGCGUGGUGGCCAUCUUCGGGCCUUCCCAGGGCUCCUGCACCAACGCCGUGCAGUCCAUCUGCAAUGCCCUGGAGGUGCCCCACAUUCAGCUGCGCUGGAAGCACCACCCGUUGGACAAUAAGGACACCUUCUACGUGAACCUCUACCCCGACUACGCCUCUCUCAGCCACGCCAUCCUCGACCUGGUCCAGUACCUCAAGUGGCGGUCAGCCACCGUGGUCUAUGACGACAGCACAGGGCUCAUCCGGCUGCAGGAGCUCAUCAUGGCCCCAUCGAGAUACAACAUCCGCCUGAAGAUCCGCCAGCUCCCCAUCGACUCCGACGACUCGCGGCCCCUGCUCAAGGAGAUGAAGCGUGGCCGGGAGUUCCGCAUCAUCUUCGACUGCAGCCACACCAUGGCGGUGCAGAUCCUCAAGCAGGCCAUGGCCAUGGGCAUGAUGACCGAGUACUACCACUUCAUCUUCACCACUCUGGACCUGUACGCCCUGGACCUGGAGCCCUACCGCUAUUCGGGGGUGAACCUGACCGGCUUCCGCAUCCUGAACGUGGACAACCCGCACGUCUCGGCCAUCGUGGAGAAGUGGUCCAUGGAGCGGCUGCAGGCGGCGCCCAGGGUGGAGUCGGGCCUGUUGGACGGGGUGAUGAUGACGGACGCGGCCCUGCUGUAUGACGCCGUCCACAUCGUGUCCGUGUGCUACCAGAGAGCGCCUCAAAUGACCGUGAACUCCCUGCAGUGCCAUCGGCACAAGGCCUGGCGCUUUGGCGGCCGCUUUAUGAACUUCAUCAAGGAGGCUCAGUGGGAAGGAUUAACUGGACGGAUUGUUUUCAACAAAACCAGUGGCUUGCGCACAGAUUUUGAUCUGGACAUCAUCAGCCUGAAGGAAGACGGCCUGGAGAAGGUUGGGGUGUGGAGUCCUGCUGACGGGCUCAACAUCACCGAAGUCGCCAAGGGCCGAGGCCCUAAUGUCACCGACUCUCUGACGAACCGGUCCCUGAUCGUCACCACGGUGCUGGAGGAGCCCUUCGUCAUGUUCCGCAAGUCGGACAGGACCCUGUACGGCAAUGACCGCUUUGAGGGCUACUGCAUCGACCUGCUCAAGGAGCUGUCCCACAUCCUGGGCUUCUCCUACGAGAUCCGGCUGGUGGAGGACGGCAAGUACGGGGCGCAGGACGACAAGGGCCAGUGGAACGGCAUGAUCAAGGAGCUCAUCGACCACAAGGCAGAUCUGGCCGUGGCCCCCCUGACCAUCACCCAUGUCCGGGAAAAAGCCAUCGACUUCUCCAAGCCCUUCAUGACACUCGGCGUGAGCAUCCUCUAUCGCAAGCCCAAUGGCACCAACCCCAGUGUCUUCUCCUUCCUCAAUCCCCUGUCCCCAGACAUCUGGAUGUAUGUGCUCCUCGCCUAUCUGGGUGUCAGCUGUGUCCUCUUUGUCAUCGCCAGGUUCAGCCCCUACGAAUGGUACGACGCUCACCCCUGCAACCCUGGCUCCGAGGUGGUGGAAAAUAACUUCACCCUGCUCAACAGCUUCUGGUUCGGAAUGGGGUCCCUGAUGCAGCAAGGGUCUGAACUGAUGCCCAAAGCUCUGUCCACGCGCAUCAUAGGUGGCAUCUGGUGGUUCUUCACGCUCAUCAUCAUCUCCUCCUACACGGCCAACCUGGCUGCCUUUCUGACCGUGGAGCGCAUGGAGUCGCCCAUCGACUCUGCCGACGACCUGGCCAAGCAAACCAAGAUCGAGUACGGAGCAGUCAAGGACGGGGCCACCAUGACCUUCUUCAAGAAAUCCAAGAUCUCCACCUUCGAGAAGAUGUGGGCCUUCAUGAGUAGCAAGCCGUCGGCGCUGGUGAAGAACAACGAGGAGGGCAUCCAGAGGACGCUGACGGCCGACUACGCGCUGCUCAUGGAGUCCACGACCAUCGAGUACGUCACGCAGCGCAACUGCAACCUCACCCAGAUCGGGGGCCUCAUCGACUCCAAGGGCUAUGGCAUCGGCACGCCCAUGGGCUCCCCGUACAGGGACAAGAUCACCAUCGCCAUCCUGCAGCUGCAGGAGGAAGACAAGCUACACGUCAUGAAGGAGAAGUGGUGGCGGGGCAGCGGCUGCCCGGAGGAGGACAGCAAGGAGGCCAGCGCCCUGGGCAUCCAGAAGAUCGGCGGCAUCUUCAUUGUCCUGGCUGCCGGCCUCGUCCUGUCCGUGCUGGUGGCCGUGGGCGAGUUCGUGUACAAGCUCCGCAAAACCGCAGAGAGGGAGCAGCGUUCCUUCUGCAGCACCGUGGCCGACGAGAUCCGUUUCUCGCUCACCUGCCAGCGGCGGGUCAAGCACAAGCCGCAGCCUCCCAUGAUGGUCAAGACGGACGCCGUCAUCAACAUGCACACGUUCAACGACCGCCGGCUUCCGGGCAAGGACACCAUGACCUGCAGCUCCUCCUUAACCCCAGUGUUCCCCUAG